CUACCCACAACCGAUACUUCAACUUCAAAGCUUCUUCAUGGCAAGCUCGACAUGGCCAAUCGUGGAUGAAAACACCGGGUCUCUAGCGAUCGGUGAUGCUGCCCAUCCGAAUUAUAAUCAACCGUCCGAUGGCGUCGAUGGUACAUCUGGUAUGAGGCGGUUCGGCGUUGAGUGCCGGAAUAGCUUGCAACAAACCUUCACGUUCUCUAUGGUGCAUGACGCAACGUCUGCACCAUCUGUAGAUUUCGGUAUCGAUCCUUCGCUUUUGAUGCCAGCCCCCCCGAUAAUACCAGCGUCAGAUGCACUCGAGUCCGAGUCUUCUCUAAACCCUCCAAUGGCCGACAACCACCGGAAGAAGCGCCCCCUUGCCAAGCGGGUCCUCGCCCGACCUCCGCCUGUUCAAACUUCCAAUAUUCCUACCAAACGACCGCGUUUGGAAAAAAAUCAUACUAUCCAUUGCAAUAAAGCCAAACCCAAGUCCAAGCAGCCGACGGUGGAACUGGCCAUCAAGUUCGAUUUCGCUGACCCCAUCGACGGUGUGCCGAAGCUGGUAUGCGGGGGAACAGACGGCUGCGGCGCGUUCGUUUCGGAGGACGGCGCCUCCGUGUACGACCACGUCGCCUCGCACAUCAAGAAGGAGUAUGGUAAAAAGUGCACCACGGACCAUAUUCGGUGA